CGGUGGAGGGUGGGUAGUAGAAUGAAAGCGGCGGGAGAGCAGCAUAUUUAUUCUCAAAUUUUGUAACUUAUACUGAACAUUAAAUCAUCAAACAGUGCGUAUAUAGUCGUAUAUGUAAGAUUUAAGUUUGGUAAAACCAAAUGUUUUUGGCAGAUAACAUUAUCGACACUGGUGACGGUUUGUAUCGUUGUAGUGUUGCUUUGAAGGGAUUCCCCGGGAAUCUGGUUUGAACGUUUGUUUUUGGUUAGCCCGUUAUUAGCUCCCGCAACCAUGGCGAAGGUACAGGUGCUGAAUGUAGCUGUCCUAGAUAACCCGAGUCGCUUUCGAAACCCCUUUCAGUUUGAAAUAACGUUUGAGUGUAUGGAGGACCUUCCCGAAGACCUGGAAUGGAAGAUCAUCUACGUCGGCUCAGCAGAGAGUGAAGAGUAUGACCAAAUCCUCGACUCCGUCUUGGUCGGCCCAGUACCUGCUGGGAGACAUAUGUUUGUGUUUCAGGCUGAUGCCCCAAACACAGGACUGAUUCCCGAAAGUGAUGCAGUUGGUGUGACUGUAGUGCUGAUUACCUGCACGUACCGUGGCCAGGAGUUCAUUCGCAUUGGAUACUAUGUGAACAAUGAAUACACAGAGCCUGAGCUUCGUGAAAAUCCACCGAUCAAGCCAGACUACACACAGCUCCAGAGAAAUAUUCUGGCGUCAAACCCUCGUGUGACCAGAUUCCAUAUAAACUGGGAAGGCUGUGCAGAAAGAAUGGAGGACUGUGAAAAUGUGGAUCCCACGUCAAACUCCAUGCUCCCUCCAUCCUGUCUCCCAGGCAAAGCCCCACCCUUAGGGAUACUACCAGAUAACUCUAUGGACUGCUUAUAGAGCACUGUGGACAUUCUUGCGUGGAUGUGCAGACAUCUUUGCCUUACAGAUGCCCUUAGUUACCUGAAGCUUGUCAAAAUUGAACUCUCAUCUUGGGCUUCAGAUGAGUGUUUGUUCCAAGGAAGAUUAUGAACAUCUCCCUGGUAUAAUCAUCACUUAAAGAUGGGGAGUUCCUUGCCAUGAAGUUGAAAGCAAUAACAAAGUAGUUUAACUUGUGGACUCAAGAUGCAGCUGAACGAAAACAGCAAAGAAAGAUGUGUGAUUCAUCUUCCUUUGUUUUGUUGGUGCAGAACUAAUUUAUACCCAUUUAAAAGGAUUUCAGCACUGAAACAACAGGCAAAUAAAUUCCAAUAUGUUGCUGUGCAGCAAAUUGAUAAACUGCCA